AGCAAACAAGAUGUGGCGCAUUACGUCACUUGUGGUUGUUGUACUUGUGACGUCAACAAGAUGUCAAAGCAGCGACACUUUGGCUCGGUUAGAGGCUGAUAUGCGCUCGAUGAAACAGACGAUAGGGCUGUUGACAGGUCAGCUGAUGAUGCAGCAACUUGCGCAUGAGGAGAAAAUUAGGUCCGAUGGCCAAUCCGGUCUGAAGCAGUCCCGUGUCACCAAGAUUGGCACGAAGAACUACCACUCGGAGUCGCACACCGGCUUCAGGCACGCAGCUAUCCACAACCAUGCUAACCACAUCCGGACGGCAGGCAUGGGCGAAGUCAUUGCUGUCCUUAAUGGCGUAGAGUUCAAGACCCGACACAACGACUUUCAGCUCAAGAAACCCGUCGAAAAUAGCAAGGCUUUCAGGGAAGUUGAAAACAUCCCCUUCCCCGAUGUGCCCCCAGAGGUGUUGAGCAAGGCCACUCUGACCGCGCAGAUCGCCGAGUUACGAGAGUGGUUCAAGGCCUGGAGAGACUCUGAUCACUCUACCAGAGACUACAGGAAGUAUUUCAAGCCCAAUCUCUGUUACCUCGAAGGCUACUGGACAAUUCCCGACGGUUCCGACAAGAUCGACGAACCUUUUGACUCUGAGCGUCACGCCUUGGACGCUACCUCAUGGCAUGACCUCCUCCAGAAGAUUCGAUUUAGUGCCUAUUCAGGCCGUAAAGACGCCGGGGAAAAUUUCGCCUAUUUGCCCACGAAGAUCACGGAAUUUAUCAAUGGUUCUAUCCCAGUGUACGCCCAAUGGGGUUACAGGAUUAACUGUCAUCCAUUGAAGACCGAAGUUCCACAUUCCGCAUUCCGAUUGGUAGAUGAUCUUGCCUCACGAAAGUCCUUUGGAGAAGGUCGAAAUAAAACUGCCCAACUUGCCUCCAGAGCUGCAAGGUUCCAAAUCAACCCAAGGAUCGGACAGAAGUGGUACAAUCCAAAGCAACCCUGGUGGGAGAUGCGCAUGUCCAACCGCGAAUUCAUGGACACGCUCAUGGGCGAGAUACCAGGCUUGGAUAACUACGGAGCCGACCUCGUCGACGACGCCUUCAACUACAAAGCCAUAGAAAUCGGCACACCAUAUUCACCUGACGCGCCAGCCAAGAAUGUAGCAUAUUACCAUCGUUUCUACAAGGAGUUCGCCGUCGGUGCAAUGGGGGUUGUCGACAGGAAAAGAAGCUACUCUGAUGAGAGUGUCUUCAUGGCCAUGAACACUCAACCGCAGGUGGCGCCAUCUAACCUCAACUACUGCAAAAAGAAUAAAUGCACCAAUUUCCAGCAACGUUGGAGCUACGCCAUCCCUAUCGAGAUAAUCUACACCACUCCAUUAUCAGGUUGGAACCCAUACAAUCUCGCGUAUCAUGGUUUUCCAUGGCAAGACAAGAUCAGCAAGGCCAAUGGACGCAACGGAGGGUUUACAUCAGCCAAGGCCUACAAUGGAACGGGCAGUGCCACCUAUUAUAUUACUCCGGAAGCCUUCUUUGACGGCGGCGAGAUAUCCCAAGGUGACCAGGCUGACACAGCCGCCGAUGUCGUCGGUGUCCUUGAUCCUUCCGGGGCCAUGCGUAGAGUCAAGGCCGCUGGAGUAAGGAUCCACCUCCCCGACAUCCCAGGUGUAGGAACUCUCAGGCAGCGGUACCCCAUCGCCCCCAUCCACGGGGAGGGAAGCCCGGUCUGGAAGGAAUUGGACGCCCUGAAGGAUAUCGUGUUGGCAUGGAGACACAACAUUCCGAUGUUCUAUGAUGACUUUGACUUCCGCUUGUAGAUGACCUUGA